AUGGCGCCAGGCGCCCAAGAUCCGGAGAAUACUUCGGCCAUGCUUAACUCCUCGCACGGCACUCGGACGGGGCCCACCCACUCCACCCUGGACGAGCUCGCAGAGCAGCUGGAGUCGGAGCUGCAGCUGUGCGACAUCAGCCUGAACCAACUAAUCCGCGGCUCCAAGAUGGCCGCCUCUACAAGGGGCACAUCAUCGUCGCCCGCCCUCCGCGCCUCCAGCGCCUCAACGCAGUACGCCGCGGCCUCCAGCCGGACCCAGCCCCUGCCCGCGCUGUCCCCCCGCAAGUCCGCAGCUGCCGCGAAUAAGACGAUUGCAGUGGCGCCCGCCCCCACCGACACCUCCCUCGUGAAGCGGCUCGUCACGGCGACGGGCCAGGGGUGCCAGGCGAUCCUGGCGCCGGACCUGUCCCGCCAGCCCAUCCCCGGCGUCUGCUGGACCACCAGGACGAGCCGCGGAGGCACGCCCCGCAGCUCCUGCACCCUGCUGCUCAAGCACGCUGCCAGCACCGACCUGCUGGUGCGCCUGACGGCAGCGGAGGGCGCCAGCGUGCCGCGCCGUGUCCUGCUCUCCACCGCGCCCAAGCCUUCGGCCCGGUUCGAGGUGCUGGGGGAGGUGGAGCUUGCCGCGGGCUCCGCGCGGCACCUGCGCCACGUCUUCCGCCUGGCGCCGGGGACGAUCGCGGGGCGGAACCCUGCAUCCCCGCUGGCUGCAGGGGGCCUGCCGGCGCACAGGAUCACCAACCUCCUGGUGACAGGCCGCAGCAUCGACAGCCCCGGCCCAGCGACCGGGGAAGCGGGCAUCGUGCCCCUGCAGGCCCAGGCGCGCGCCUCCGACGACGCCCCCUCCUUCUUCUCCUGCGCCGGCCUCGCCACCGGCCCUACCUCUGCGCUGAGUCAGCGCUCGCGCGAUGAGGCGAGCGUGGCGGCGGGCCGCGGGACCAAAUUUGGGGGUGGCGUGGCGCAGCGCGUGCUGGCCGAGGAGCUGGAGGGCGAGGACCGCGGGGAGCGUCGGAUGCAGGGCGCCGCAGAGUGGGGCGAUCCGGAGCUGUUGGAGGAGGCCUCGGCGCUGUCCGCGCCAGGGACGGCCGGGGCGCCCAAUGAGCAGCAGGCCCACGACGCAUGCCUGGACAGGGCCUGGCGCCACUUCGAGACGCGCGCCGCAGACGUGGCGCGCGGCGCGUCGGCCCUGGUCAGGGCCGGGCGCGAGGUGCAGGACUGCACGGGUCUGGCCUGGAUCGCGGGCGCGGCUCGCGGCGCCGCCGGGUUUCUCUUCCGACAGGGCGGCGCCGGCGCAGCGGAGGCUGUGGCGGCCCUGCUCAAGCUCCGCGCCAUCAAGUCCACGCGCCCAGGGUGCUCCACCCUCCUGCACUUCCUGGCACGCGAGGCGGCCAGCGCGAGUGGCGCCGAACCCCGCACGCUGGUCGGCCAGCUGGGGCACUGCCGCGAGGCCGCAGACGUCGACCCGGCCGACCUCCAGGCUGGCGUGCAGGCUCUCCGCGACUUGCUCGAGGAGGAGGUGGUCGCCGCCCUGCAUGCCGCCGAGCCGUGCUCGCGAGCGCACGAGGAGUGGCGCGCUUUCCGAUCGGAUGCCAGCGAGGCGCUGGCUGAGCUGGAGGCCAGCGUCGCCAAGGCCCUCCUGGCAUACAGGGACGCGUGCGAGACGAUUGCGGGGGGCGCCUCCGCGUCUGCCCCGCCCGCGCCGGCCUCCUUCUUCCCUGCCCUGUUGGAAUUCGCGGGCGAGGCGGACGCCGCGCUGGCCGAGUGCCUGGCGGGGGCCUCCCAGGCCGGCUCCAGGGGCCCCGGCAAGGCCUCCGCCGCGUCCAGCGCUGCCUCGCUCCGUCAGACGGUCUGGGCAUCGCGCGGCGUCGUCUCCUCGGCAGCCAGCGCCGCGCGGUCCGGCGGCGCCAGCCGCGGCUCGCGCAAGCGGCCCGCCUCGCGCGACCUCAGCGCGCCCAGCGCCAGCGUGUCCCUGGAGGGAGGCAUCGGGGGCCCUGGCGAUGACGGUGCCUUGGGACAGACAGGGUCAGCUGUUGCGGCGCUCACUGGCGCCGCAUCGUCUGGCGGCCCCCCACACUCAGCCCUGGGAUCGGCCACGCUGUCGCCCCAUGUCGCCGCGCUACUGGCGGAGUCGGACCGCCUGCUCCGCUUCUCGCUGGGGGGCCGAGGACAGCUCACCUGCGGGUUUCGUACGGUAUGCCGGGGGCGCGCUGAAAACGCCCGAUUCUUCCUGGGCGCGAUGCUGCCGAUCAGGAAGCUCACGGCUGGGCUCCAGCCCGUCACCCUCAAGCUGACCAACGAGAGCCACAAGCAUGCGGGCCACACAGGAAACCCCACAGGCGCCCCUGAUGCAGAAACUCACUUCAACGUGGAGAUCGUGUCGGAGGCCUUCCAGGGCAAACCCCUGGUGGCGAGGCACCGGCUGGUGUACACCCUGCUGAAGGAGGAGCUGGAUGCGGGGCUGCAUGCCCUGGCCCUGAAGACCAAGACCCCCUCGGAGGUGGCACGAUGA